AUGAAGCUUUUCUGUGCGAUUGUUGGUGUGGCGGGUAGCGUGUUCUCAGUGCGAGUGGACGAGAGCGACUCGGUGGAUGACUUGAAGGAGGCGAUCAAGGCGAAGAAGCCGAACGACUUCAAAGAUGUCGAUGCAUACAAGCUGCAGCUCUUCCUGGCGAAGACGGAGAAAGGCAACGGGGCGUGGCUGACGGAAAAAGACGUAAAGGAAGGUGUUAGCGACACGAGUGAUUUGAAGCUGCUGGGAGCGGCGCAAGCGAGGCUACGGCUUGUGGGGUUGUCGGAUAGGGAUGUUGGUGGAGUGGAUGAAAAAGAAGCAGCAGAAGGGAGAGGCCCUGUGAACGUGGUGGUGGUAGCACGGACGCAAAUUUUGGGCAAACGCACUCGAUCUGAUGAAUGGUUUAUCGACCAGAUUCGAACGAAGACAAACCGAGUGAGGGUGGAUGAUGACGAGCCAUAUCGCGUCACGACGUAUUUCGAAAUGGCUGGGUUUCCGCCGUUGGCGCAUCCGAAAACGAGAUUCACGAAGAUUAUGGAGAGGGACGCGUAUGUUGUGAUUUUCACAGAGUUAAUGAACAAGGCCAAGUUGUAUUUAGACAAAGACACGGGUGGAGAUUGCAGCAUGGUGGUGACGGGUAAUCCAGGCAUAGGAAAGAGUCGCUUCUACCUGUAUUGCAUCUUUCACCUUAUAUUUCGCACUAAGGUGGAGGUUAAGGAGCUUCCUUCUUUCGAUUUGGUGCUGAAUUAUGGCAAGAUAUACCACAAAUUCGAUGCUGAAAGCCAUAAGUUUAUCAAAGUGAACGACACUGAUAUAUCUGGUCUUCAGAGAGAGAAACGUGUGAUUCGGCUCAUCGAGGGGACUUCGUCGGAGCUCGCGGGUUGGCAUGGAAUUUCGAUUCUAUUUGCUCCGCCAGGAGUCAAAGGCAUCCAGAAUUUUUCAAAGGUCGACACAUUCAGGUACAUCAUGCCUGUAUGGACCCUGGCAGAGCUUCGUGAGUAUAACUCACUUCUCCAAGAUGACUUGAAACUGAGUGACGAUGUUUUGAUUUCGAGAUUCCAUACGUUUGGUGGGAUUCCCAGAUUCGUCUUCACCCAAAACGAGCCUGAGGAAACUGCAGAGUUGCAACGUGCAGUCGCUUCAUUCAGUGCUCUGCAGGUUAUAGCACUAGCCAGAAGCAAGUCAGUUGUGCGAGAAAAUAACUGCAGCCACCGUAUCCUUCAGAUGGUGCCCAGCGCAAAGGAUCUACGAGUGGAUUUCUAUUUGGAUUUUUUGUCCAACCAAAUCGCCGAGACGAUCAUUGACCAAGUGGACCAAGAAAGUUUCCAGAAAGUGGCAGAAUUCGCGGUUGCGCACGAUGGUGAUGACUCGGGAAGUACCUCCGUGCUUCGGAGCAAGAUUUACGAGUUGCUGUGUCAUAAAUGGUUUAGCUUGCCUAAGCAACACAAGCUGGUGCUGCGUCCGCUAGGUGAUGGACACGCCUCCGUUGACGUUUCCAUACCUAGGGAACUGAAAACGGUACGCUUCUUCCGUUUGGCCGACAUCAAAGCUGUUGAAAGCGGAGUCUACUAUUGGCCGACAUCAAACACGUUUGGUGCUCUGGGUGCAUUCGUAUUUGUCGGCAACGCAUGCUACGGCUUGCAGAUGACACUGAAUCGGGAUCAUGGAAUCAAGGCUGCACCAUUGAAUGCUUUUAUAAAGUGGCUAAAGGGCGUUGGUAUUGCGACAGAUCGCCUGUAUUUAACGUUCGUGGUUUCAAGCCACUUAGAAAGCGAAUUUAAGAAGCAAUCGAUCCGAACGGGUUCCGAUUCAGACUCGAAGCGACCAGGAGCUGCUGCCAAGGUCAACCAGUUUGUAGCUUCUUUGGACGUAAUCGUGGAACGCGGCCAAUGA